AUGUCCUUCACAGCGCUCUACGAAUCAUUGGUGUCCGUGUCGGUACCGACCAUACUGACCACGUUGCACGAAGAAGCCACCCUGCUCAUGGAAGAAGCAGAAGAAGGAGAGGACAUCGUGGAAACUGCGCAAGAGGAGGUUGCCAGCACAUCAUCGGAUGUGCCGCCCGAUGUCACGGGCACCUGGAACGAACUGCCCCAGCCAAUCACCGUUCAAGGAGUGGAGCUGAAUCCCUACACCACCGUGGCGACAAGUAAUGACGAUGACAAACCCCUGUACCGUAACGGGCACGGUGUGCGAACCGUUCGAGCUCCUUUUGGCUACAAUUUGCAUGUCUAUGUGGUGGCAAUGUACACGAAAGUUCCCAUUCGUUCCGAACAAGACGUGCAAGACUUGCUCUUGGCGAACGAUUCAGUCUUUGUCAUGGAAUUCACUUUUUUGCGUGACAUUACACCCACGCAAAUGAGCAUUGCCUGGAAUUACCAGUUGGACACUAGUGUCACGGACAGUGACUAUGAGGGAUACGCGGACGACCGCGCCAAGUUUCUAGAACUGCUCGGGGAUGGACCCAUGGCGGAAAGGGAGUCAUCCGAUUCCACUUUUCCCCAGAUAAAAUGGUAUUGA